CGUGGCUAACGACGACGACCCAACGCAAAUCACGACGAGGAGCAAGGAGGCUACGCUUGCUUGCGUGCUUGUGUGCGUGCUCGUGUGUGUGUGUGCGUGCUUGUGUCUGUGUGCGUGCUCGUGCGCAAGGUGGAAGCUGGAAGCUUUCGUUCUUGUCGGUGUGCUCCUUUUGCCGCACGCACCGCGGACCAUGGAUGACCACAUCAACGACUCAGAGGAGGUCCUGCUGGAGGGACCCCUCAUGCGACCAACAGAGCAAUCAAGGUCCCGGGUUGCCAGUGCGAGGGUAUCAAGACGAGCGCGCUCAGCUGCCGCGCGCCGUGCUUCUUUGCUUGCCCACGAAACACAACAGGCACAGGAAGAACUCGCACAGCGAAUUUCCCGCAAGUCAGUCCAGCAGUCGCGCGUCAACGCCAGGGUGGAAGAAGAGUGGAACGUGUCAACCAUGGAGGAGCUGAAGGCCGCGUUCUUCUCGACAACGGAUGGUGUGCUCAACAGCGAAGAGUUCAUCGCAUCGCUUCGCGACUACACAAAGGCGAAAGGCGCCAAGUCGUAUCUCCAUGAUCUCUUUGACAAGAUUGACGGCGCAAACCAGGGCGCCAUCACAUGGGACGAGUUUGCAACAUACAUGCUGCUGGAAUAUCAGAAGAAGUCAGACACCUAUACGCGAUCAAAGAAGGUGGUGCUGGACAUGCCUGCCAGGGCCGGGCAGUACGCUGUACGCUCACCGUGCUGUGCCCUGCGCCUCAACAACGCCAGCCAGUUCAUCAUGCUCCAGGACAACGGAAUGCUGAGCUUCUGGGGACCAGACUGCUCGCGCAUCAAAUCGCACCAACUGGACAUGGAGUCGAAGCGGAAAACAAAGUCCGCCUGGUGCACAGACGCGUGCAUCCUCGACAAGCUUGGCCUGCUCGUUGUUGCAUCUGGCGAGCGAGAGCUCUGGUUCUUCAACUUCAGCACCAUGGAAGCCAUCUUCGUGCUGACGCAUCUCGACGACACCCCGCUGUGUCUUGACACGACGUAUCUGCGCCACGACCACACCACCGUCCUUCUUGUCGGCGACCAUCAGGGCUGCUUGGUGGCGAUUCACAUGCCCGACGGUUUCCUGGAGGCGGAGCAGUUCAAGAACAGUCUCAGCCGGCGAAAACUGUAUGGGGAAACGAUGCGGGUGUCGAUGGACGCUGUGAAAGUUGCGCGACCCUCCUACGGAAACAUGUUUUACACGCGCUGGCUCGUGCACAACGAUUGGGUGUCGCAGAUCAUGUAUUGCGAGCAGCUGCGCAUGAUCAUCUCAUCGUGCAAUGACGAGGAAACGGGAUUGGUUGUUGGGGAGAUUUUACAGCCCGCGCUGCAGGAGCCGAGGUCGUACAGGAUCGACCCGCAAGGUCCGAGUUCGCAGUAUUUCCACCACGGCACCGGUCUCCGCCGCAACCAGGCGCAGACGGUGUUUCGGGUGCGCAAGGGCGUGCGUACCCUCGCAUAUGUUCCAAAGGGGAAUCUCAUUGCAACCGGCGGGCUCGACCGCGCAAUCUGGCUGUGGAAUCCCUACGUCACUUUUCAGGCGGCAGGCGUGCUGCGCGGACACACAGCUCCCAUCCACCACAUAUGCGUGAGCACAACUGGGGACUGUCGUCUCUACAGCCUCUCCGUCGACUACCAACUCCUGGUGUGGGAUCCCACCGACAUGACGUGUCUCGCCAGCAUUUCGCGUCGCCGUCACAAAAUGACCGGCGAUCCGACUGCCAUGUUCUACUUCCCUGCUGCAACAUCCCUCAUCGUGCCAGCAGAGCACGUCUACUCCAUACACAUUCGAAACGGGCACCGGCGCAAGGAUGAGAUUGUGUCGCAUCAGAGCCCGCUUGUUGCGGCCGUGUUCAACGCACGCUUCCGCCACCUCGUCACCUGCUCUCGUGACGGCACCAUCAAGGUGUGGACAAUCGAGGGCGACCAGGUCUUCGAGUUCUCCGUCUGUGACGAAGGGGAAGCCAUUGAUCCCGGCAAAGCGCUCACCGCCGUCACCUUCGACUCCUCCAUGCGAAGGCUCAUCACUGCCCAAGUUAGUGGAGAAAUCAAAGCGUGGAAUUACGGCAACGGGCAAUUGUUGCGUCACUUCAACAAAGGAACCGACAAAGAAGUCACCAGCGUCGUCUACUUGGAACACGGCAUGCUUCGGCGGAUUGCGGCGACGGGCUGGGACCGUCGAAUCUUCAUGUUCAAGGAUCUGCCGGAGGACGAUUUGCACAUGGCGCCCGUGCACCCGCUCCCGUCGCGAUCAAAGGUGCAACACCACUCCGAUGAUGUGCAAGCACUCUGCUUCUGUCCGCCCAACACGCUGGCAACGUCGAGUUACGAUGGCGAGGUAAAAGCGUGGAAUGUGACGUCGAUGAGUGUGACGGCGACAAUGACGAUACCGCCGCCAGAACCGCCGCGCCGCCGCAGUCAGCGCCGGCUCACAUCCAGCAGUCCUCGCGUCGAGGAGAUGAUGCAAGAACGCAACCUACCCCACCUGCUCUGUUUGGAGACGCGCGCAACGGCUGCUGAUGUCGGCACGCUUGUCACCUGCGGCGGUUGUGGCAGCAUCUACUUCUUCACCCUCGCCCAUGGCGGCAGGCUCGUUGCCUGGUUCUCCGUGGAUUCGGACAAGGACGUGACCAUCACGCGUGUCAAGGCCACCAAGUGCAACCGCUUUCUCAUCGCAGCAGACAGCCACGGGUUUGUGCGUGUGUUUGACAUUUCGCGGUACGCAAACGGGGGUGUGCAGACGCUCGUUGAGGACGAUGCAGAGGACAUGCAGGCAAUUCCCGAGGAGGAGGGCCCCAGCAUCAGCCGGAGGGCGAGCGAGGACGUCGGUCUCUCUGCAUCCACGUCGUCCACAAUCACAAUCACCCGCGAGCCAGCAACAGCGUGGCCUGCCAGGGACAAGGACAGCAGCAGCCCUGGCGUGUCGCCGCCACACACGCGCUCGCCAACAAACAACCUCCUCCAGCCCGGUGACGCGGCCGUGACAGAGGCAGCAAGGACAGCGCGUGCUAAUGCCCGCCGGCAGGUCACACGCACCCUGACGCGCAACAAUUCCGUGAUUGUUCCACCCACUUUUUCACGCGACGACUUUCUUCCGAGGGAUGCAGGACCUCCGCUCGUUGCCAUGUGGCGCGCGCACUUGGACGCCGUCACAGGCCUCGAGCUGAUUGAGGACUCGAGUUUGAUUGGGGGCGACGCACAAGGGGUGAUCAUCUCCACGUCCAAGGACCAACGCUGCCGUGCGUGGGGAUUCGGUGGCGAAUUUAUCGGCACGUUUGGUCAGGACUUCACAUGGGACCUCCUGUCAAGGGACACCUGGGAGCAUCCUGAGCGCCCUCCUGAGAUUGUCAAGUACGAGGAGACGGAACUGAAGAAGAAAAGGGAGGAGGAGGCGCUGAAGAAGGAAAUGGCCGAGCUUGGCAUCUACGAUGACGAGGAUUCUGACAACGACAGCGGCGAUGAUGACGAUCUCCGUGCACAGACGCCCUACGAUACCCGCCUGAAGUUUGGCCUGGGCUCCACACGCGCCACCUCGCGCCGUCGCUCUGUUGCCCAGCAGCGGCAGGCAAGUCACAGCCGGUCCCGUGGCGUGUCGGCACAGGGCCGUGCGUCUUCGUCGGCGCGAACACUCACGCGGGCAACGACGGGGACAGCGCUGCAACAGCGGUUAUCGGAGGUGAGGGCAGGCCCGCGGCUGGAGCGACAGACGUCAGACAGCAUCUUCGAUCUCCGGAACACCCCAAACCAGUCGUGGAUGCCCAUGCAACCACCAAAGAGGGAUGGAGGUCGACGCCAGCAAUCGCACGUUGUCAAGGGGCGGGCGCGAAAACAGUCCAUGCAACGCUCUCUUGCCCGUGAAUCCUCCGCCGUCGCCUUUCAGAGGUUGGCUGGGCGGCCCAGCGGGAACUGGGAGCGCCACAUCCGCUCACUGCCGCACCGGCUGCCCUCCCGCCAGGUGUACCUGUGCCUGCCGUAUCACGGCCUGAACAAAGUGAACGCGCCGGAGAAGCCCCAGUACCAGGAUGACACCUCUUUCCUUGUGGAGCAGAUGAAGCGAUAACUCGCUGCUCGUCUUUGUUUGCCUCUUCCUCCUCUCGGAUGUGCUUCUUCCUGCCUUCUUUUCUUCCGUCAUAUCCCAUGCAUUUCGCCGGGGGUUUUUUUCUUCGUUUUGACCCAUUCAAGCUGCAUGCUGUGCGUUAGCUGCUCUCGCUUGAGACUCUGGACUGACAUUAACGAAUGUGACAUUUUGACUGCACCAAGCUGUUGCUUUCGCUGAAGUACUCGACUGCCUUUCGUUUGGCCCUUCACAGGUAGUGAACCCAAUCAACCCCUCCAUCUUGCAUGAUGCUUUCCCUUAGC